ACUCUGCCCCGGGCAGGAUCACUCCCUAUUACUGGUGAUUGGGAGCCAGCAGAGACUGCCUGGGGGAGCUUCUCCACCCACCCUGACUCCUAGAGCCCACAGAUACAAAAGACCAGAGGGGGACUGUCCGUCCACCAGCCAGACGCCUCCUCCCCAUCACCAGCCCCCACCCCCUGGCUGCUCCUGCUCUGGAAAGGCCUGGAGGAAGAGGCCAGGGAGACAGCCCCGCCCAUUCUUUCCUGCCCCUCCAUCUACCCAGCAGUGGCAUCUGGAGACCCCAUGGCCCAGGCGCGCUGGUGCUGCUGCUCAUGGCUUGUCCUCCUCUGUGCUUGUGCCUGGGCCCACCCAAAGCCAGUGGACCUGAGAGGAGAGGAUGUGAGAAACUGUUCAACCAGCCCUCCGUACCUCCCAGUUACUGCAGUCAACACCACAGUGCAGCUCAUAGCCCUCCGCCAGCAGAUGCUCACCUGGAAUCUCUCUGCCUACAUCGUCCCUGACACGGAUGCCCACAUGAGCGAGUACAUCGGUAAACGUGACGAGAGGCGUGCAUGGAUGACAGGCUUCACAGGGUCUGCAGGAAGUGCAGUGGUGACCAUGGGGAAAGCAGCUCUCUGGACGGACAGUCGCUACUGGAUCCAGGCUGAGCGGCAGAUGGACUGCAACUGGGAGCUCAAUAAGGAAGUCGGCACCAGUCCUAUUGUCGAGUGGCUCCUCGCUGAAGUUCCUGAUGGAGGGCGUGUAGGCUUUGACCCCUUUCUUUUCUCCAUUGGCUCCUGGGAGAGUUAUGACAUGGCCCUCCAAGGCUCUGGCAUAGAGCUGGUGUCCAUCACAGCCAACCUUGUGGACCUGGUAUGGGGCUCAGAGAGGCCUCCGGUUCCAAACCAGCCCAUUUACGCCCUGCAGGAGGCAUUCACAGGGAGCAACUGGCAGGAGAAAGUAUCUGCUAUCCGCAGCCAGAUGCAGAAGCACCACAACGCUCCAACCGCCGUCCUUCUGUCGUCGCUGGAUGAGACAGCCUGGCUCUUCAACCUUCGAGGCAGUGACAUCCCUUAUAACCCCUUCUUCUACUCCUACACACUGCUCACGAACUCCUCUAUCAGGUUAUUUGUAAAUAAAAGUCACCUUCACUCUGAGACUCUGCAGUACCUGAACUCUGGCUGCACAGGCCCCAUGUGUGUGCAACUUGAAGAUUAUGGCCAAGUUCGUGAUAGCGUCCAGGCCUAUGCCUCAGGAAGUGUGCGAAUCUGGAUUGGGACCAGCUAUACUACAUACGGGCUCUACGAAGUAAUACCCCAGGAGAAACUAGUAAAAGACACCUACUCCCCGGUGAUGAUGACCAAGGCGGUGAAAAACAGCAAAGAGCAGGCCCUCCUCAGGGCCAGCCACGUGCGGGACGCCGUGGCUGUCAUCCGCUACUUGGUCUGGCUGGAGAAGAACGUGCCCAGAGGCACGGUGGAUGAGUUCUCUGGGGCAGAGUUGCUGAACAAGUACCGAGGAGAAGAACAGUUCUCCUCUGGACCCAGUUUUGAAACCAUCUCUGCAAGUGGCCUGAAUGCUGCUCUGGCCCACUACAGCCCAACCAAGGAGCUGUACCGCAAGCUGUCCACAGAUGAGAUGUACCUGCUGGAUUCUGGAGGGCAAUAUUGGGAUGGAACCACAGACAUCACCAGAACAGUCCACUGGGGCACCCCCUCUGCUUUCCAAAAGGAGGCAUAUACCCGUGUGUUGAUAGGCAACAUCGAUCUGUCCAGACUUGUCUUUCCUGCUGCUACAUCAGGGAGAAUGGUGGAGGCCUUUGCCCGAAGAGCCCUGUGGGACGUUGGACUCAAUUAUGGUCACGGGACAGGCCACGGCAUUGGCAACUUCCUGUGUGUGCAUGAGUGGCCAGUGGGAUUCCAGUACAGCAACAUUGCCAUGGCCAAGGGCAUGUUCACUUCCAUCGAACCGGGCUACUAUCAGGAUGGAGAAUUUGGGAUCCGUCUUGAAGAUGUGGCCCUCGUGGUAGAAGCAAAGACCAAGUACCCAGGGACCUACCUGACCUUUGAAGUGGUGUCCUUGGUGCCCUACGACCGGAACCUCAUCGACAUCAGCCUGCUCUCCCCCAAGCAGCUCCAGUACCUGAACCACUAUUACCAGACCAUCCGUGAGAAGGUGGGCCCCGAGCUGCAGAAGCGCCAGCUGCUGGAGGAGUUCACAUGGCUGCAACAGCACACAGAGCCCCUGUCUGCAAAGGCCUCUCCAGCUGCCUCCUGGGCGUCUCUCUUGGCAGUCUCCACUCUUGCCAUCCUUGGCGGGAGCUUCUAGAAGCUUGGGAUUCCCUUGCUGACCUCUUCUCCCUCGGCUUCCCUCACCCUGCACCACCUAAGCCCCAAGAGCCCCUACCAGCCCCUCACCUGGAAACCAUUGCCUUAAGCCUCCUUCUACAGAACUGAACCCCAAGGGCACAGGGCUUCUUGGCCGUAUGCAGAGUUUGGGGCCCCCUCUGAGCUUCUACACCCCACCCUCAGCUCCCAACCCCUAUCCCCAGGAUAGGAGAGCCAGCUAGUCCUUUUCCUUUUUUGAGCCCAGUAGGCCUAACCUAUAACCUGGCGGAGCCUGUAGCCACUGCCUCAACCUCCCUACCAACUCCCCCGCCAAAAAAAAAAGACCAAUAUAGGGCAGUGCCUUAGCCCCAGGGGCUCUGUGGCCCUGGGGAAGCCCCACCCUCUCACCACCCCCUGGUUAUAGCCAGAGCUGUUCUCACUCACACUGGCUCUUGACUUGGUCUUCCCACCCCACUGAGGCUGCCUCUGCUCCCCCCACCCCCGCCACCUGCUUCUGGCCUGACAGUGGCCUCCUGGCUGUAGCCCACAGGUGAAGGGACAUCGGCUGCCUCCAGGCUCCCUGCUGUGCCUGUAGAGGGAGAAGAGGGGAGGGUCGCUAAGUCCUCUGGUUGCAUACUGCCACCCAGGGUCAGGCAGUCAAGCCUGCCCCCAGGAGAGCCCAUAAACCCUGGGUGGGCCCCAUGUCAAUUGACAGGGGAGGGAGUUAAGCCAUUGGAAUUUGGCUAUGGGUCAGGAGGGAAUGCCUGGAGAUUCUGGAAUAUGGCCCUUCCUGAAGUUGGGACUGGCCUGAGCAGCAGUAUCCAAUCACUAUCCCAGACUUCCUGACACGUGGUAGCCCUUUUCACUUUCAGAGUGCAGCCACGUAGCCAUAGUGACAACGCUAUUAAAUCCUCCAGCAUCCUUUGGGUGACCUUUAACCUGUGUGGGCAGAGUCUUGGUUCUCCAUUUUACAGAUAGGAAAACUAAGCUCAUCGUGGGGUGGGACCUGCUCAAGGACACACAGUGUUUGGUUGGGACAUGGUAGGGUCGAAAUGGGCUAGCAGACCCAGUUCUUUUGCCCUUCCUGCCCCUUCCGAGUUUGCUGCGCUUGCUGUUGGGGACAGGGGCGGGGGUGUGUUGGGGGGAGAUUUCUCUGGCCAGCCCAGCCGUUAGCCACCUGGGCUCACAUCCUGCUAGAUGCUUAAAACAGCCUGGCAACAAAGCCUGCCUCUGACUUUUGCAUUGUGUCUGCUGUGUUGACGGGUCUGCUGUUAUCUGCGGCUUUUGUGGUGCCUGGAGGAGGAGGUGGCAGGGGGUAGGGAUGUGAGGUUCCCAGAAGCUCGGCUGGGGAGCACAGGCACUGGAGAGUGUGCAUGUGAGCAUGCGCAGGUUUGUAUAUUCACAUGCGUGCCACGCCCCGCCAACCACCUCCUGUGCUAAGUCUAUAACCUUGUGGGGCAGGGGGCGGAGGAUGGAGGAGAGCCCCGCGCUGUAGGACUUGUCAAAUGUGGUCCAGGAGAGUGGGGGCCAGAACCUUUGCUCAGUGGAGUGCAGUCAAGAUGGGGAGAGAACCAAGUUUCUGGAACCGAGUGCUGAGCAAAGACACCAGGCUGAAGAGUCCCCCAGCCUGGGACCACCCGGCCUAGUUUGCUGAGUGUGAGGGUGACCUGUGACAAUCAUCACUGCUGAGGCUUGCGUCCAAAGGCCCCAGCUCUGAGCCAUCCUCGCUGAGAGCCUACAGCACCCGACCGCUGGCUGAGUCACUCGCUCCCUCCCCUGCUCACCCACAGUGGUAGUUGCUACUAAUAAAAUUCAAGUCGUCGUCAUGUCAUCACUACCAUUUACUGAAGGUUUAGUGUACCAGGCACUGUGCUUUAUAAGCAUUUGUAAAUUUUAUUGUGGUAAGAACAGUAAACAUGAGAUCUACCCUCUUAAUAAAUGUUUAAGUGUAUAACA